AUGCCUCAAAACAAGUCUUUCAACGAUGGAUGGCUGUGGGCGCCGUCCCUCAACUACAAGCCAGGUUCAUCCAUUGCCGUGGGAAAUAUCAUCGCGGACCCAUUCAACCCCGAUAACGUUCUGUGCAGCCUCGAUUUGAGCGACCUGCCCCCUUCUGUCGAGUCAACCCAGGAGGAGAGUAGGUGCGGACACCAAGUCACACACAACAUCAGUCUCAGUGGCCAGCUGAAUCGACUCUUCAAGGGAAAGCUCGAAGAGGUGUUCACCUACCUGAACUCGACGAUCGUCGUCAAGGGCAUCGUCUCAAACUGCUUUCACAAGUAUCCGUCUGGGAACGAGUUGGCCGACCAGCUCAAGGACCAGGCCAAAGUCCGCGAAGCAAUGAAACUAGACAGUACCUUCUCCAAGCCUGUUUACUUGAUUACCGGCGUCAAAUUCGUCCAGACUGUCGACGUUGAUUUCGUUCAUAGUGCCUGGUCUUACGGUAAACGUCGCGUGUCCCGGAUCCCCUUGAACGAGUGCAAGGGCGAUAAGUUUGCGAGGUUUCCCCACACCGGCGUCUUCCAUGGAGAGGGGAUUGUGAUCUCUUAUGCGGUGGUCAAGGUCGUGCCGACGGGCUGGGUGGAGAAGGAUCUCCGCGUGGAGUCCUUCCCGGAAGAGGGCCGCGCCUUCAUCGAUGAGGCGGCGAACAAUUGGGUCUCCUUUCUUGAGUCUAGCCUCGACCUACCUGGGUGGGAGAUGAACGAGGAUGAGAAGAUUAGUGAUGAUGAAGACGAGGAGUACUAUGUAGAAGAAAGUGAGGAUGAUGAGGAAGAAAAUGAGGAAGAAGAUGAGAGCACCCAUCCUGAGAUGCCUCCAAUUGAAGACCUCAGAAUCUGA